UAUGAUGAAUGAUGAAUGAACUCAUGUGUGUGUGUGUGUGUGUUUGUGUGUGUAUCACAGGUGGUGACUCCGACCCGAGUAGGGAACUCAUACACCUACAGGCCCGCACAGCAGUCCCAGGAGGACCUAUACGAUGUGCCACCCAUGAGGCAACAGGGGGUGUAUGACAUUCCUCAAGGGAGACAGGCGGGGAAAUGUCACGGCCAGGGGGUGUACGACAUCCCUCCCCCCUCACAGUCCGACCCCAGGCUUCAAGGGGUGUACGACAUCCCUCCCCCCUCACAGUCCGACGCCAGGCUACAGGGGGGGGUGUACGACAUCCCUCCCCCCUCACAGUCCGACGCCAGGCUACAGGGGGGGGUGUACGACAUCCCUCCCCCCUCACAGUCCGACGCCAGGCUACAGGGGGGGGUGUACGACAUCCCUCCCCCCUCACAGUCCGACGCCAGGCUACAGGGGGGGGUGUACGACAUCCCUCCCUCAUCUCAAGAGCUUUACGCCGUGCCUCCCUGUCGGAACAACCCCGUCCAGGAGGAGGGCAACUACGAUUUCCCACAGCCCCACAGUCAGAAGCUGGAGGGUAUCUACGACGUCCCCCCCCCCUUCUCGCACUCCAAAGCCACACAGUUCCCCCAGUCCAGCUCUGACGCAGCCUCUCACCGCCGGGUUGCCAUGGACAACUGCGACGGCAUUUACGACAUCCCCCCCAGCCAGCUGUCCUCAGUAGGGGCGGGGGCUCAGAAGGACUUGUACGACAUCCCCCGCGGGAUGCAGACGCCCCCGCAGCGCAGGCUGGCGUCGUCCGAGCGCGAGCGGGCGAACAGGGGCAUCUACGACGUGCUGCCCACUCAGGACGCGCCGCGGCUCCUGGGCGACGUGACGGACGGCGUGAACCGCCUGUCCUUCUCCAGCACGGGCAGCGCCCGCAGCAGCAUGUCCACCUCGUCCUCGUCCGCGGGCUCGCCCUCCGAGCCGCGGCUCCUGCUGGACCUGGACUCGGCCGUGCAGAGCCUGUGCCACCUCCAGCAGGCGGUGGAGUCCUCCAGCGCCGCCCUGCUGGCCCUCGCCACUUCCCCACACUGGAGGACCUUCCCCUUCAUGGAGCGCAACGCCAACGAGGCUCGGGCGGCUCUGGACUGCGUGCGCACCACGUUGACCGACUUCCUGGCGUUCGGGCGCGGCGCGGCGUGCAACGCCACGGCGCUCUCGGACCCGAGCCUCCACAGCAAACUGCGCCGGCAGCUGCAGCGGCUGGAGGACUCGCAGCUCAUCCUGCAGCAGACGCACCAGGCUCUGGAAGCUUCCGGCUGGGCGCUGCACGUGCUCGCCGGCAGCGGCAAGCACCAGGGCAAGAGCGACGACCUGGACCGCUUCGUCAUGGUGUCACGCACCGUGCCCGACGACGCCAAGCAGCUGGCCUCCACGGUCGGGGGCAACGCUGAGCUGCUCUUCAGGAGGGCGCCCGCGGGCGAGGGCACCUACAGCGUUGGCAUCGUGCACCCCCUCACACACAACCACACGGACGACGACAACUACAACAACGAGCCGACCAAACCCUUCCCAGUGCCCCAGCGCCUGAGCCAGGACAAGGCCAACAUGAACAACAGCGAGAAGUGCGUGAAGAGCUGGAUGGAGGACUACGACUACGUCCAUUUGCAAGGCAAAGAGGAGUUUGAGAGGCAGCAGAAGGAGCUCCUGGAGAAGGAGAGCAUCACCAAGCAGAAGAAUCAGCUGGAGCAGGAACAGCUCAACAAGCUCAAACAGCUCGAACAGGAAGUGAUCAAACCGGUGGAGAAUGACAUCACUCAAUGGAUAUCCCAUCAGCAUUCUGCUGGCUCCUCCUCCUCCGCCCCAUCAGACUCCUCCUCUUCCUCCUCCUCCUUAGUGGGGGGCGGGGCCCAGCCGUGUGGGCGUGACCGCCAGCUGCUGGGCUUCUACGCGGAGCAGUGCGAGCAGCACUUUGUCACGCUCCUCAACGCCAUCGACGCCUUCUUCGGCUGCGUGGCGGCCGGCCAGCCCCCGCGCAUCUUCGUGGCGCACAGCAAGUUCGUCAUCCUCAGCGCGCACAAGCUCGUCUUCAUCGGCGACACGCUCUCGCGGCAGGCCGGCACGCCCGAGGUGGCCAACCGCGUCAUGAACUCCAGCAACGUGCUCUGCGACCUGCUCAAGACGGUGGUGGCCGCCACCAAGAUGGCCGCCCUGAACUACCCCAAUACGCCGGCCGUGCAGGAAAUGGUGGAUCGCGUGGCCGAGCUAUCCCACGAAGCGCAGCAGUUCAAGACGCAAUUGCACCAGUUGGCUGCUUUGUAACACGUCACACACACUGUCACGCACUGUCCCUCACCAACCACAGAUGUGUAUGUGUAUGCGUAUCAUAUUAAUAUGUUACAAAUCUUGAAUAUCAUCAAAAGCUCUGCUUUACAGAUUUUCUCUUGUACAUAGCCGUUUGUUUCUUUUAUGUAAAUUAUUGUCCAUAUUUUUAUGUGUAGAUUGUUUUAUAUUAUAAUGACAUAAAUAUAUGAGUAUAAAAUGGUAUUUUUGCCUUUGUAGAGUGACUUGAACACAGAUUCUGUAACAUUCCUGUUUGGUAUCAGGGCACCUUAUGAGACCGUAUUGCCAUUGGUAGAUAAGAGACAUGCUUCUCUGCUGGAGAUGACUGUAGUUCUUUGUAAUUGUUGUUGCAUCGGCCUCUGGCCAGCGAGGUGGGCUUAUAAACAGACAAAGUAAAGGACUGUUCAUCCAUGA